AUAAAGGGUCUCAGUAGAUAGUAGUGUUGUAGAAAGGUCUAGUGAUUAAAAAAAAAGUGUGGGCCAACUAUGUUUGUUAUGUACUCCGUAUUACUCUCUUUGUUUUUAAAUAAUUGCUCCACUUUUCAUUUCUGGCCAUUUUAAAAUUUACUCAAUUUCUUUAUUAGGAAACCUUGUAUAGUAUUUAACACGGUUGCUAAACACAACCUUCACCUACUUUACACACCCCCCCAAAAACCCAAUUAUGCCCUUACCUUCUCAUUUUCUAAUUCUUUCAUCUCUUCCCUCUCUUUCACCCUAAAAUCCCAAAACAUUCAGUUCAAUCAUACACCCAAUUCAUACACGCAAAAUUCAUAUUCAUCUUUAUGAUGAACAAACCUUGUUCAUCAUAAGGGUAUGAAGGUAAUAUCCAUUAUACGUGGACUCCAGGUUAGCAGUAAUGUGUUUGCUUACGUGUAAUCAAUGACCAGGUCAUCGUGCACAGUCAUCAGUUUUCAAUUAACGCCGUCAAACGAGUCAUUAUUCAUAAAGGAAAGGAGAUUAAAAGCUUCGAGUGGCGAUUUGUGCGAGGGAGAUAUAGGUAGAUCUGCUUCACCAAUAGAAAGCUCACCGAUACCGGAAUUCGAAGCACAACACAGACCUUUGCCGUAUCCACUAUCCGAUCCACCGAGUAUCAAUUGCCGUAUUCACUCAUUUGGGCGUAUUUGUAAGAAAUUUGAGGAAAGAAGGACUAGAUGGGUCAAUGAGAUGGGGUUUGGGGGCAUUCUUCAUCUUGUGUCAGACAUGCAUCUACCAAGACAAUUAUCGUAUUGGAUUAUGACUAGAAUUGAUCCACUUAAUAGGAUCUUGAUUGCUCCUGAUGGACAUGAGUUUCCGCUGUCAAAGAAUCAAGUUAGAUGGAUAUUAGGUACACCCAGUGGUAACAAGUAUGUGCCAUGUUAAAAAAUGAUCAACAAUGAAGUUUGCAAGAAGGUUCAUAAGGUGAUUAAUAUGGGAGUUCAUGGAAAACAAAAUCUAGUAGAGGAUGUGGAAGUGUUUAUACAUCUGUCGGUAUUCCGAUAAGUAGUAAAAUGAUGGAUAGAUUGGAGGGAAACUUUGGUGAAGACGAGGAAGAGGAAUUCAAGACACUAUUUCUUAUCCUUUUACUGCAUAUGGUAUUGUGUCCAAAUCAAUCACCUCGGCUAGCCUCAGAUAUAAUACCGGAUGGUAGCUGUGUCAAAGACUGUAAGGAGUAUGAUUGGAGUGAUUUGGUGUUGAAUAAAAUGAUGGAGAGUGUGUCCAGUUUUGCUCGGCGUUUCUAUGCAACUGGAUAUGCUGGUGGAUGUGGAGGAUGCGCGAUAUUUGCUGUUGUGAGUACGAUGCAUACAUAUAUCAAUUUUUAAGACCUGACAUUAGUGAAUUAUGGAUUUUGUGAUUAUGAAUUGAUGAUGUUUUUAUUACAGUUUUUUUACCUUGACAGGCUAAAUAGGCCUCCUUUACAAUGGGAUGUAUUCCCUAGGAUAAAGGUGUAGACCAAGCAUGAAAUCUCAAUGGUAGCGAAGGAGGACCGGACAAGAUAUGGGGACUACGGGAGGUUAGGGUUAGUUUCUAAUCAACAACUAUAUUAUUCAUCUACACAUGUGUAAUGAUAGUUGAAUAUUUGCAAGGAAAACAGAAAUUUUAAUAUUAGUGCUAAGAGUUACGUGAUUUUUGUGCAAUUGGUUGAUGUUGCAUAUGGAGAGAGUCAUUACAGGAUUGCUAGGGACUUUGAAGCACCAAUUGAAAAUGUUGUGCUUAGAGUGAGUUUUUUGUUUACACUUUGUACUGAUAGCUGUAGGCGUCGCUCGAAGUGCGCCUACGUUAAAAGCAUGUGGUGAAUAUGCUUGGCACUCAUAGGAAGUGGGAAUUAACAUA